AUGUCUAUGAAGAUGAAGGGACUUCUCAAGGGUCUGAGAUAUAUUUCAACAAUAUUUGAUGAAGAAGUGCAGCAAGAGAUGCAAAUUGGAUUUCCUACUGAUGUUAGACAUGUUGCUCAUUUUGGAUGGGAUGGUUCAACAGCAAAUUCUCCUAGCUGGAUAAAUAACUUCAAAAAUGGAGAUUCAGAAGAAGGACCUCUAAAUGGCAAUCAGCAAUUGGUAUCAAAGUCGAGGGGCCGACAAGCGUCAACAGGCUUAGACCCGCCGCCCCUUGACUCUCCUUCACGAAGGAGGUCAGACAAAUCUAAGGGUUCACGGCGUACAAGUUCAGUUGACUCCCCUAAAAAGUCAUCAUUAGGCCAAGAGGAUGAUCCAUCAUCUUCAACAGGCUCUAAGCUCACUACACACCGGAAAAAGCCUAAGAGCGGGUUAUCUAGUGGGCAGUCCUCUUCCCGGACUUCAACCAGAUCAAAGCACACCGCCCCAUUAGCAGAAAUUACACACUUUUCGGAUCCUGGAGUUGGUGGAGUACACAACAGCACUAGCAAGCCUAUUAAAUCAGCGCUUGGUGCUGAUCGGGCUAAAGGCCGUAGGAAUAAAGCGAAGGACACAAUCCAAAGUUCAGCCCUGAAAGUUUCAUCAGAACAAGAUGAUCAUAAGUCAUUGGAUGAUAGUUCUAAAGGAAUUCAUGCUUUGUGAUGAUAUAAUUAGUUUAUUGUCAUAUGUAUAU